CAGGUUUUCAUCCGUAUCCUGCCACUCACUCAGGCGCGCCGUGGGCAGCCCUCCGAGGUCCUGACAGCGGCCAAGAUGGCUGCCCCCGCACUGCGGGCUGCGCGUCGGUGGUCCGGGCUGGCCCUGGGAGUGAGGUGUGCAGUGUGGAACCUUCCAGGGCUCACACAGGUGAGGUGGAGCCGCUAUGCCCCCGAAUUCAAGGAUCCUGUGAUUGACAAGGAAUAUUACCGCAAGCCGGUGGCGGAACUCACCGAAGAGGAGAAGUAUGAGCAGGAGCUCAAGAAAACCCAGCUCAUCAAAGCUGCGGCUGCCGCUGAAACUAGCUCGGUGUUCGCAGACCCUGUCAUCAGCAAAUUCACCAACAUGAUGAUGAAGGGAGGCAACAAAGUUCUGGCCCGAUCCCUCAUGGCCCAGACUCUGGAAGCUGUGAAGAGGAAGCAGUUUGAGAAGUACCGUGCUGCCUCCGCCGAGGAGCAGGCCGCCAUUGAACGGAACCCCUACAGGAUCUUCCACGGGGCACUGAAAAACUGUGAGCCUGUGAUUGGGUUGGUGCCUAUCCUCAAAGGGGGCCACUUCUACCAGGUCCCUGUGCCUCUGGCUGACCGGCGCCGGCGGUUCCUGGCCAUGAAAUGGAUGAUCACAGAGUGCCGCGAGAAUAAGCCGCGCCGCAUGCUGAUGCCAGAGAAGCUGUCGCAUGAGCUGCUGGAAGCUUUUCAUAACCGGGGUCCCGUGAUCAAGAGGAAGCACAACAUGCAUAAGAUGGCAGAGGCCAACCGCGCCCUGGCCCACUACCGCUGGUGGUAGUGGGAGAGGAGGGAUGGAAAGGACAUGCGUGAGAAACCGUUGCGGGCUGGAGAGGCGGCUCGGUGGGUAGAAGCACUGCUCUUUGCAAACGGCCUGGUUUGGUUCCCAGCACCCACGUGGAGGCUCACUAACCACCUGUAACUCCUCUUCCAAAGGCUCCAACACCUUCUGACUGCUGUGGGUGCCAGGCAGGCACAUGGUACACAGAACGUGUGUGCAAACAAAGGAUCUAUGUUUACAGCACCACUAAUAAAUGUUAAAAACACUUGA